AGGUUUCUUUCUUUGCCAUUUAACCGCAGGCUCUAGGCUUUAGUUGAUCUCUUGUACAAUUAGUAGAAUUUUUUGGUUCCCAUAUUGUAUAUAAUUUAAAUAUAAUACAGCCAAGUAGUGUACAUUGUAUUUACCAUGGAAACUAGGUUGACAAUUACUGCCCAGUUUAUAAGUGAUGGUCGUUCUCUGGGGUACGAAGGUGAAAGGUUAGGGAGGUAUGUGGCUGAGCAGAAAGAAGACUAUGAAAAAUCUAAGAAAGAGGAGUUUGAACGAGAAAAGGCUAGAUUUGAGAGAGAGGAAAGAUUGAAAGCAGAGGCGAAGGCAGAGGAGAAGGCCAGAUUUGAGAGAGAGGAAAGAUUGAGAGCAGAGGCGAAGGCAGAGGAGAAAGCCAGAUUUGAACGUGAGGAUAAGGCCAAGCGUGAGGAACACGAAAGGUGGAAAGAAAGAGAUGCCAGGGAGGAACUCAAGAGGAAAGAGGAGAUGGAACUAGAAAAAAUGAAGGAAAAGUCAGCAACAGCGGCUGGGACGGCAACACAGGCAGAGGUGCGGCCUAGAAAUGUUUUAGAUAAACUUGACAAGAGCUUCCAGGGAAUGAAGGAAGACGAUGACCUGAUGGCAUAUUUAACACACUUUGAGGCCGUCGCAACAAGAUGCAAGAUUGAUAGAAAGGAAUGGUCAUUGCUCCUGUCCUAUAAACUAACUACCUUUCUAAGAAACUGUAUGCUGCGUGACAGUCUGUUUUUGAAUGAAAAUUAUGAGGAAGUGAGGACCGUAUUACUCCGACAUGCGGAUAUAAACGCGGAAACCUGCCGCAAGAGGUUCCACCGGGUAAAACCACGACAGAACGAUUUUAGGGGUUUUGUCACAGAGCUGCGAAAUGCGUUGGACAAUUGGUUGAAAAUGGCUGAAGUAGGCAAGACUGUGGAAGAAGUGAAAGAGUUGCUGGUGAAAGAUAGAAUACUUGAGAAUGUGUCCGGUGAUGUGUACAAGCAACUGAUAAUAAGUAAGAAAGGCACCGUUGAUGAUAUGAUUGAUGUUAUUGAAGGUUUUAAGGUUGCUAGUGCGGGUGUGUCGCUUGCUAAGGAAGACAAAGUGUAUGUUGCGGCAGCGUGUAGUGAGCCUGUGAUGAAUCGGAGUCCUGGGGGCAAAAGGAUGGAGAUCGCUUGCUUCAGUUGUGGUGAAAGGGUUCCAAAGACUUACCCGAUUAAUUCAACUGAUAGGGAAGACGAUUGUAAUACUGUGGUCAGAGCACAUGAGCAGAGGCCAAGUGAUAGAUGACUAGAGGUCCGUCGCGAGUCCAAGAGUCGUCGUGACUAUAAGCUGAUUCCGGAUCGUUACACAGUGACAGUUAGAAAUUUACCAUAUAAUGUUAACUGGCAGAAGUUAAAGGAUAGGUUUAGAGAUGUUGGUUUGGUGGGAUUUGUGGAGGUUUUGAUGGCGAAUGGGAAGUCAAUGGGUGUAGGUCAUGUUAGGCUCAGGAACCUAGCAGAC